GUCUUGCAAGACCGCGAGGAUGGAAACGAAUUGAGAUACGGGUUUUCUUGGCUAUUGCGCAAUACAUACAUGUAUAUAUAUAUAUAUGACUCAAAUCAGACAAUUAUGGAAACAAACAGAAGGGCACUGAUAGCAGUGGCAGGGUCACUUUACUUGAAAGCUGAGGAGGAGGCAGCUGAGCUGAGGCGCCUGAUCCAGAGGAGGAGGGCCAGAAUGAGACGGAGGAGGAUGGCGAGGCUUCGUCAAAUGCUAUCACUUAUCUUUCUAAAUGAUGGAACUCCACAGAACUAUGCUCAAGUAAAUUACCAAGUGUCCAUCAUCAAGAUAGUCUUCUCGGAUGAAGACACCAAACCAGCCUUCAGGCUCGCCAGGGCCACCAUCCAACUGCUGGUCCAGGUCCUGCCGAGAAAGAAAAGGCAUGGUUGGAGCCACGAGAUGGAAGUGUACAUGUUUGUUUACUGGCUUGCAUGUGGUGCUUCAUACCGUGUGACAUCCAAUGCCUUUUCUAUGCCAGUGGCUACAGUGUGCAGAGCUGUACACCACGUGGUAGAGGAAAUGAUGACAAUCCUUCACCGCAUCAUCAAUUUCCCCAAGGCCGAUGAGAUGGAGGGGGUGGGGGCAGGAUUUGCUCACCUGGCCGGCCAUGAAGCCUUCCGCUUCGCUGCAGGAGCCAUUGAUGGGUGCCACAUCAGAAUCGGUCCACCUGCUAUGCCACAACAAAAGAGUCACUUGAACCGCAAGCCCUUUCCCAUAGUUAUCCUGCAGGGCAUUUGUGACAGCCGUGGAAAGUUCAUUGACGUGUACAUUGGCAACACAAGUUCUGUCCACGAUGCCCUUGUCCUGCGGAGAUCCCCAAUGUUCAAGGAGUCCCUUUAUCCCCCGGCUGGUUAUUUCCUCCUUGGAGAUGGUGGAUAUCCAUGCCUGCAGAAUCCUGUGGCUGUCGUCACCCCGUUUCGACAGCCUAUAGCUGGACAUGUUGAGGCCCGGUUCAACAGCCACCAUGCCAAAGCAAGGUGCGUAAUUGAGCGCACUUUUGGCAUGCUGAAAACUCGCUGGAGAUCCAUCUUUCUGAGUGCUCUGGAAGUGCGUCCUCUGUUUGUCCCCAAGGUGGUUGCUGCCUGCUGCGUUCUCCACAACCUUUGUGUCUCUGUGGACGACAUCUUUGAGGUGGACCAUCCUCAGCAUGAGGAAGAGGGUGACAAUCCAGAGGACUGCGCAGAGGAACAGGAGGUGUCUGGCAACAACCUCCGGGCUAGACUGGCUGCACAUCUUUCUGCUCCUACAGAACUACAUGCAUCUCUGCAGGAGCAUGAUUACAUUCAGGGGAUAAAAACACAAGACUGUGCCAAGUAG